UAGAGGUCGCUGUCACUACUGCGCACCACAUCAUCACAUUGUACGCAUGGGGAUUGUAGUAGGUUGAGCUGUUGCUGUAUUCAAAUUAACGGUGUACACUGGAAACGACAGCCUGGAGACAAAGAAGGCAAGUCGUCAGUCGCAUUAGCUAAUUAUUUAACAUGACCGGAUGUAUCACUAGAAACUAGCACCAAUGUUAUUAGAUCUAAAGAUUCCCCAGCUUGGCAGCAGUUCUUCGGCUACUGACAGAGACCAUACUUCUCCAAACAGUCUGGGCUUUAAUACAGCUCAAAUGAGUUUGUGCAAAGAGUUAUAACAACUAUAUAGUCUGAUUCCACUGGGGGGUGAGCAGAUAUCAGCAACAUGCCCCUGUCAGACUUUCUGGACAGCCUGAAGGACAACCCGUACUUUGGGGCUGGCUUUGGACUGGUUGGGAUUGGGACAGCGUUGGCAGUGGCCAGGAAAGGUGCCCAGGUGGGAAUGAUCUUCUUCCGCAGGAACUACAUGAUCACUCUGGAGGUCCCCAGCAGGGACAAGAGCUACCACUGGCUGCUGAGCUGGAUCACCAAGCACAGCAAGCACACUCAGCACCUGAGCGUGGAGACCUCCUACCUGGCACAUGAGAGCGGGCGGGUUCACACACAGUUUGACUUCCACCCGAGCCCUGGGAACCACAUCAUCUGGUAUGGGAGGAAGUGGAUCCGAGUGGAGAGGACCAGAGAGAAGCAGAUGGUGGAUCUGCACACUGGAACCCCGUGGGAGUCCGUAACCUUCACUGCUUUAGGCAGAGACAGACAAAUUUUCUUUAAUAUCCUACAAGAAGCAAGAGAACUUGCCCUGAAGCAGGAAGAGGGAAGGACAGUGAUGUACACAGCCAUGGGCGGGGACUGGAGGCCCUUUGGGUUUCCACGGCGACGCAGACCCCUCAGCUCUGUGGUCCUGGAGGGAGGCUUGGCCGAAAGGAUCGUAGACGAUGUGAAGGAAUUCAUUGGGAACCCCAAGUGGUACACAGACAGAGGCAUACCCUACAGAAGAGGAUAUCUGCUGUAUGGCCCCCCAGGUUGUGGAAAAAGCAGUUUUAUUACGGCUCUGGCAGGCGAGCUGGGCUACAGCAUCUGUCUGAUGAGUCUGAGUGACCAAAGCCUUUCAGAUGACCGUCUGAACCACCUCCUGAGCGUGGCACCGCAGCAAAGCAUCAUACUGUUGGAGGAUGUAGAUGCAGCCUUUAUCAGCCGAGAGCUGCUUCCCACGGAGAACCCUCUGGCCUACCAGGGAAUGGGGAGACUGACCUUUAGUGGCCUGCUUAAUGCUCUGGAUGGAGUGGCUUCAUCUGAGGCCAGAAUAGUUUUUAUGACCACCAACUUCAUUGACAGGUUAGACCCAGCGCUGAUCCGACCCGGCCGUGUUGACCUGAAGCAGUACAUCGGCCAUUGCACACACUGGCAGCUUACACAGAUGUUCCGGCGGUUCUACCCAGACGAGCCUUCCUCUGAAGGAGAGCGGUUUGCGAAGCAUGUUUUGGCCGUCCACCCUGAGAUCAGCGCCGCCCAGGUGCAAGGACACUUUCUGCUGCACAAAAUGGACCCUGCAGGAUCUAUAGACAAUGUUGAGCAAAUUAAUUAAUGAAAGGGACUGCUAAGUGUUUGAAGACUGAUUACUUAUUAAAGAUAAAUGUGAAAAACAUUCAAAGUAUUAAUAAGACAGAUGUGCAUAAACUGUACAUGCAGUUUAUGAUUGAUACAAAAUAAAUACAAUUCUGUUGGAGUGCAUUCCAUCAUGUGAAAGGCACAUACUUGCUACCCAUCUUAGACUAUCAUGGAGUGCCCUUGAGCAAGGGAUCGAGGCUGUAGCUGCUUCAGUGGAUUUUCUCAACGGGCAGCAGAAAAGUUUAGAUUAUGAACGUGGUGUACUAUUAUUCCUGCAAAAAUGCUUCCAAAACAUAACAUGCAAGGGAUGUGAAAUUCUCAUCUUCAACCUGCAAGUUUAAAGGUACAGUUC